AAAAUUAUUUUGACAUUAAAAUACCAAAUUUAGUUAAUUUCAAUAUCAAAUUUGGUAUCAUUGUUGAAGAUGCUUUUAUAUUCAGUAUUGGUAAAAUAAAUAAAGCAAAGUAUACUCUUAGCUUACAAGAUAUAUCAAAUUCAGGUUUAAAGUUUAAAGGCUUCUACACCCAGGUUUGGGAUUCGAAUCCCAGACUAUGCAAUUUAUUGCAGAUUACAGGAAAUUCAGGUUUCAAGUCCCGGAGAAAGCGGUUUAUUAAACAAUUAUGCAGACUACAGAGGAAAAAGCUUGUAAGGGAUCUUCAACAUGGUGCAAGUAAAUCUGGCCAGGCGUGGAUCUUCAUAGGACGGCUCAGGUGAUGCAGUUAGGUGUAGGUCUUCAUAAGGCAGGUAGUAUUGUCGGUUGUCGAAUGGUCUAUGUAAUCUUUCCUAUAUUAUAAUUGUAAGAUCGUAAUAAAUCAGCGUUAAAAAAAAAGAUAUAUCAAAUUCAAAUUAUUCUCCCUUUUGCAUUUAUUAUAUCUACAAUUUGCAUUUCAACUAAUUUAUUAUAUAAUAUACUUUUGAGAUAUCCGCCGUUAAAUGGGUCCGAAAUGCCACUUUGAAGUUUAUGAUUUAUUUUAAAUAAAACAAAUUACUUCAUUAAAAUAGUCCCCAACGAAUCUAUCGUCGUACUACAUAAUCAAUCUCGAUCAAGUCACUAAUGCGGCAUCUAUAUGUAAUCUCUACAAUACAAACAAGGUGCUGACUAUUUUAAUAUACUAAAUACAGAUACUAUUGUGCUACCACAAUACAGUUUCAUGUCGAAGAGUUGUUUUGUUAAGGAAAAAACAAAUGGUUGAGAUAAGUUUGUCUGGACUGAUGAUGACUUGCAAACCUCACAGAGACCUAUGUCCUGAAAAGAAUUUUGAGUAUGCAUGGAAAUAAAAAGGAUACAUACAAAGAAUCUCACCAUUCCUGUUUAUUCUUUUUUUUUUUCCAUUCCUGUUUAUUCUUUCUUGGCAAAUGUUGCAAAAUGUAAAAAAAGGAGGCAUAAAUGAAGGUAUCCCUAAAAUGAAUUGGCUGAAUAAAGAAUGAUACAACUAUUAAGUACAUUAAUCAUUUUCUUAUUUUUAUUUUCGUGGAGAAAAAUCCAUAAAAUCAGCACCUCGAGGGAGGAAAAGAGGGAAGAAGCACCUAUAAAAGUGAACACUAAAACCCAAAAUACACAAAUAAAAAUAUGAAACUAAUUAAAACACCACUUGUUGUCAAAAAAUAAAUAAAUUAAAACACCACUCAAAACCCUAAACAUUCAAUGACUCUUUACUUUUAUUAAUCUUUUAGUAAAGAAAGGGACCAAUGUACGUUAUUAAUUUAUUAGCAUGUUGUAUGUUGAUCACUGAAAUAUUUUUUUUUUUGGGUUCAAAUCACUGAAAUAUUUAAGAGUUAAUCUUCACCACAAAAUUUCAAUGUCAAUGUAAAAUACCUUUUGAAAUGACCUCAAGAAUUUUACCACCAAAAAAGAGUCUUUUAAUCGGCUCACCCUAUCUUUCUUUUUGAGUCAUAUAGCUCAAUUUAUAUGUAUUUCCGAUGUCAAAAUAAAGUUGACAAGAAAUCAACUUGUAGUCUGUGUAUAUUGUAAUCAGUUGUUUCCUUGUCAAGGAAGAGUUAAUUAGCCUUCAUCACCAUCCGAUAUAUAAAUCAAAAACAUUAGAUACAAAAAGACAUGCUUGAAAUGGUCAACAUCGAGAAUUUUGUAAUCAAACCUAACUACUAACAUUGAAACUUAUAUAAUCAUAUUCAAAUACUAAGGUACUCAGGCUCAUGAUUGUAACUUUUCUAUGUUAUUUUCUUGUGCUUGUAUCCAACCAUUAUAUAUUUUGUUCAAAAAAUAAUCAAUUUUUCCAAAGUCCCAAAAGAAAAAGAGAUGAUGGAGUAGCGCUUCUUGCAAAGAGGAACAAACGUAUUACAAUUUUCAAUUUAUUUAUCAAGUGUAAGAAACAAUAGUCCCACAAAAUAAACUAGAUUUCAUGAACCAAAUGCCGUCCAAUAUGUCUUAUUUUCUUCAAAAAAAACAUUACUCUUUUUUCUCAUUUCAUUUUCAAAUCUCAGCUUUUUUUCUUCUUCUUGUACAAGGAAAUUACUUAUCAUCUUUCCUCCUCAGUAGGAAACACUCAUCAUUGUACCCAACAAUCACUUUCAAUCCUCAGAAAUCAGAAUCAAAAACCUCUUCGUUCUUCUUCCAUAUAUACAUUUACACUCAUACAUACACACACCUUCCCAAUCUCUACUCUAUAUAACCUUUUCCCUCUCCUCCAAUUCUCUCUCUCUCUUUAUAUCUUUUCAAUUUGAUAAUCGACCCAGCUCACCAAAGAUCAGAUCUUUGACAAAAAAAUGGAUCCGUCCUCUGCUACCUCAGUGAACGGAUACUACUCAUUUCUAAACAGAUCAAUGGAUGAUCUCGAGAGGGUUUACCUCUCAAACAACUUCAUGUCCGUACACUUCUUACAGAGAGCUCUCUGUCUUCUCCGCACCUCUCACUCACACCUCACUCUCCUCGUUCAAAAGCUUCAGCUCCCCGUCGGCGAUAAAUGGCUUGACGAGUAUAUGGACGAAAGCUCCAAGCUUUGGGAAGCUUGUCUCGUCAUCAAAACCGCCGUUUCUUCCGUCGAAAGCUUCUCCUCCGCCGGUAUUUCAAUCGCUUCGACCCUCGACGGCCAUUAUCACCACCGUCGGUUAUCUCCUCAGCUUUCUCGUCAGGUGAUAAGGGCGAUAGCAGGGUGUGGGAGAGAAGCGAUAGGGAUAGAGGAAGAGAACAGAGCUUUAAUGGAGAAUCGAGUGCAAAGGUUCCCUUUUUGGUCGGAACAGACGGCGGCGAUGGAGUCGUCGACGAAGUUACAGAACGGGUUCAGUGGUUUCCGCGGCGUGCUCUACGCGACGAGGAACAUGAGCUCGCUUCUACUCAUGGUUUUGAUUCACGGUCUCGUCUACUGUUUCCCCGGCGACGCAACGCUGUCUCAAACGCACACGCAGAAUCAAGUCGGCGGUUUUGUCGGAGCGAUGGGGAGGUUGCAGCAGAGAGUGGCGGCUGAGGUGGGGAGGAUGGGGGUGAGGAAGGGGAUGUUGAUGCACGAGUACAGGAGGAGCAAGGCGGCGUUGGAGGAGCUGAAGGCGGAGCUUGAGAGGAGAUUCUGCGGCGGCGGCGGAGGAGGGGAAAGCGAAGAGGAGGGAGAGAGGGAGUUGAGAGAGAGAGUGGAGAAUCUGAAAGGGUGUUUUGGUAAUUUGAGGAAUGGGACAGAGAGUAUUGUGGCGCAAAUUGAUGAUUUGUUUGAUGAAAUUGUUGAAGGAAGGAAGAAGCUUUUGGAUUUCUGCAGCCAUAGAUGAAUAUCAAAAGCUGACAUUUUUCAGUUUCAUAAAUAACCAAAAAAGAAAGAAAAAAUUAGAGUAGACUUUAGGCUUAGCGGAAUCAUUUGGUAGGGGGAGUUGUUGUAACUCUCUUUUUAAUUUUGCUGCUAUGAAAAGAAAUUUCUUAUUUUUUUUGGGUCAGUCUGCUCUAUUUUAUGGACUAUAAUUCUAGAAAUAGAAUGUAUUCUCUGAAUCAUAUCUUAAAGUAAAUGUCUGCUUUUCAGUUUUGGUUCCAGCCCGUUGCAGAUGUUUGUUGUUCAAUAAAAUUUCAAAACAAUUUUUUAAUCUAAUGUCUGCUUUAGAAAUUUCAAAACAGUUUAGGCAUUCUCUUAUAUGAAUUAAUGGGUAAAUAUUAGAUUUAUACCAACAACAGAUUUUCAAUGUUAUUUAUUUUAAAUUUUCAGUAAUGCUGAAUUUUGAUUUUAUGAAACUUUGACUGAAUAACACAAAAUUUAAAAUCUUUUAAUCAUGAUUUACAAAUACAUAUACAACCUAAUAGUAAUACCAAAUUCUGUAGUCUUUAGUUGAAUAAUACCAUAUUGUGGUUAGAAUUACAACAGUCAUGUCUCAAAGUGAAACUUCAGUGAAAUAUUUGAUCAUCCACUUUCACUAAUAGGACCAUAUAUCAAUGGACUAUCACAACUUACUUUUAGAAUUUUGGUUAAAGAUGAGGGAGUCAAAGGGAGUGCUUGUUGUCCUCUUAGAGAUAGUUGGAGAAGAAAAGUAAUGAACAAGGCCAAUGAUAAAAACUAGAAAUUUGAUUUGAUUUGAUUCACAUAAGAGAAAGAAGAGAGGAAAUAAUAAUUUGAACUGUGGUUUUAUGGUGUUCAUCAAAAAUAAUUAUGGGAAUGUAUCCUUUGUAUAGCAGAUUUGUCUUUUGAUUCUUUGGCACUCUCAUCCAAGUUUACAUGCUUUGGGGCACACCAUUUGGUGGCUUUUAUGUCAAUAAUAGUUAUGAUUAUUACCAGUUUCACAUCCUAAAUCCUCCCCCACCCACUGUUUCAAAGCACUCCAAUCUUUACUUCUUCAAGUUUAAUAUUACUUAUUUUAAUAUUCACUUUACACACUCACUCAUCUCUGCUUUCUCCUUUUUCUACCCAAAAAAUAUCUUUGACAAAAUACUCAUUUUUGUAUCUGUGAGUAAAUCUCAACCCUCGAGAAUCACUUGGUAUAUGUGUAUCAAUCAAGUACCCAAAGUGCCAAUUCCCAUUACUGUUCGCUCUCUAAAUCCUUGACUUUCCAAAGGAAAAGUUGAACCCACUAGAAAUGUUUUGUUGAAAUAUCAAAAAUGAGUCUUAAGACAUUUCAUCUAAUACAUAGCUAAAAAAUGUUCAACUAUCAAUUUUUAAGAAAGGAAGAGAGACACCAUCCUUUUGCCCUCGACUUUAAUUUGUGUAUUUGCCUCGUUGGCCUUCUAUAUUCAUCUCAUAAAACAAAUUUCAUAGGCUUUGCCAGAUCAAGAAAAAAAAACAUAGGGCUUUGAUAAAAUAAUUCAAUAAUACAAGUAAAAAAAUGUGAAGUGAAAAUAAUAAUAUAAUACUAUAGACAAGGA